AUUUUUCUCUUUCAAGUUGAAGAUUCUUCUGACAAUCGGGUCCCGCUAGGCUCAGUCCUUGGUCUGUGCUGUGAAUAGUUCUGCUUUCCAUGACGAUACUCAAACUUUGUGACAAAGCUAGGUUUACUUCCAACUAUGUUUGAUAUAGCUAUAUUCUGAUCGGGACGCAUGGACUCUAAGUGAUUCCGAACCUCUGGAGUCUGCUCUGCUAUGACACUUUAGACGUCAUCUACUGCUUUUAUAUCCUAUCACAACUCAUUUUUAGGCUUCCUUGUUCUAACCGUAUUGUGACGGCUCCACACACAAUGUAUCACGGACGCGUUCAAUACGCUCCGUCUUGCCAGCUGUGGUGAUGUACCAUUCAUUCAUUAUUCGUCCUGUAUCCUUCUAUCUGCCAUUCACCUGCUUGUGAGGUACAGGAAACACUUCAUCAUUCACCUUCACACGGAUAUUUUUGCGUUAUAAUUCAGCACUUCAAACUCUACAGCGAUCCCCGCGCUCGCCGGGAUUGCCAAAGCGUAACUCAUAUUCAUAUGGUCUGUAUAACUCCCACUUUAUGCCAUCGGCGUUUUCGCCCGCGUUUUCUUUUUGCGUCGUUGGUGCUGCAGCAUGCGUACGCAACCGGUCAUUACAGAACUUGGACCCGGAAAUUUUGUAUGUAUGAGCAGGAAUUUGUGUCAGGCUGCUUGAAUGAGUUACAUCAUGCCAAGCCGCAGUCUCUGGUUGCAUUCCCGCAGACUUCACGCGGCCUUCUCCUGCAAAUGAUGAACAAAGAUCAGCCAACGAGUAUCUCGACAUCGACAGAUGGGAGAACCCCUCGUUGCGCAGGUGAAGGAUGCAUUCCCAUAAAGAUCGCUACACGCUGUUCUGGCCGCUGACCUUCACCCACUGCUAAACUUACACAAGUACCUUGCUCGGGUGGUGGUAGCUUCCCCCUGCUCUGCCGAGCCUCUAUCUACGAUGGAAUCUUGGGACGGAAUUCGGCUAACUGUGACCGUCCUUGAGGUGGUCGGCAUUGUAUUGUUAUCGGCGCUGCUCCUUACGCCUGCACCUAAGCAUGCUAUAGUAAACUCGAUGACGAUUGCCGCCCUCCUACGGUCCAUUUGUGCUGUCAUCCCUCCAAUUGCGUACCAGCGGCUUUCGGUCCAGUUCGAUGCAAUUCGUAUGCACGCUUCGCUGCAGAAGCUCUGCAUUAGCAUGGCCAUCAUUCUCCGAUAUUUGACUGUGGUCAAAGCUGCAUAUUCAGUCAGCUUCACUCUGCCGCUGCUUUACUUGGCCGUCAAACAUUCAAAGCAAUCCAUGCAAGGGAACUCUUCUGGAAAGUCCAUGUUCUUCACCCGAACAGUUGCCCUACUAUGCAUUGGUCCUUUUGUAUGGGCAUUGCCCGCUAUUAUCAUACCGAUACCAACAAUCGUUCAUGACCGACACGCCCUUCAUCCAAUGUUUUUUGAAGCCAUAUGCACGGUUUCGCACACGUCGUACCAAAUUGUGUCUUUGACGCAAAUGAUUCUCCCGCUUCUUUGUGCUACGGGAAUUUCUCUGGCUUUCGUUUGGUAUCUAUGGAAGUCGGUGAAACUACCUCUGGCCAGCCACACUUUGGGCCUCCUCGACCUCACACGAAUAUUACGAUUUGGUGCCUUGCUCGGUAUAAUCGUUCUUUCUGCAGUUCUUUACACGAUCGUCAUGGCCACCUGGGCAAGGGAUCAUGUAAGACUUCAUGGAAAUAUGCCCAUGCGCACUGUGUUCAUAAUCAGUAUGGUGUGGGAGGCAAUUACACCGAUUCUUAUGUUCUUUAUUUUCGGGGCGCAAGAGGAAGUCUUCGCUGUAUGGCACUCUUGGUUCCGAUCCCUUUCCAAGCGAACACCAAGGCUUUUCGAAGAUCAUACUCCAUCCGUGCGAUCUGAGGAGGACAAUUCGUACUUGGACUUUCAAGAUCGUCAGCAGGGUUGGCUUCUUGGUUUGCGUCAGCAGUUCAAGUUUACUCCAAAUAACGAGGCAAGCACAAACAUUCGCUUCAGCCCCACUUUCUCAUCCGAUUCGGACGAGAAAGUGCAUGCACCGCCUAUUUCGUCGUCGCCGGUUCACAUACACCCGGCAUCACUAUCACUUCGCCCAGUAUCGAGCCACAUGAAGGGCUUGUCUGUUCCUUCUCCUGCGACGAGUCUGCGUCCUCCACCUCGCCCCGCUAGGAGUCGGAGUGACAGUCCCAAUGACAGUCCCAGUGCGGACUUCCUGGAAUCACACCCUUUCAGGAACGUACCAAACAUGCCAUCUCUUACGGCUUUCGGUAAUGGAGAUGAUUCUUCGGAAAUCGUUCGAGGCAGAGAAGCAGUGAUUCGGAUGUUUGAAGAUGAAAUGGAAAAGGAAAAUGACUACAAUUGGACAGCACAAGGAGCUGCGAGACGUCCUGAUACUGGAGAGUCAUCGCAAACUUUCGGAAAUUAGACGUCUCUUCGAGGUCGUAUUUACUUUUACGGUACAGUAGCAUGUCAGGUAGCAGAUCAUCAUGAAAUGGAGCAAAGUGCUUGGCAUUUGUCGAAUGCCUAACAUUCAUUAAGCGCCCAAUAGACCGCAUUGGGACAGAGUCUGACUU